AGACGUCAUGACGCAGGGACACGGAAGUGGUGUCAGAGCUGAGAGUCGGACGGUGGACGGACCUUCUUCCUUCUGGAUUUCUGUUGUUUUAUUUUUUCGCGGGUUUUAAGUUUCGUGUUUCGAAGCCGAAACGGAGAAGAAGAAGUAGAAGAAUAACCGGAAGACUUCCAGAUCCUCUGCAGCAUGGACCACAGCGCCAUGGACCACUCCCACCACCAUCAUCCCACCACGGCCCCGCCCACCACAGGAGGACAUGACCACGGAGGAGGAGGCGGAGGAGGAGGGCACGAUGGGGGCCAUGGAGGACACGGGGGGAUGGCGAUGACCUUCUACUUUGGCUACAAGAACGUGGAGCUGCUGUUCACCGGCCUGCUCAUCAACUCACCUGGAGAGAUGGUCGGGGCGUGUAUCGGAGUCUUCCUAUUGGCCGUCCUGUACGAGGGGUUGAAGAUAGGUCGUGAGGCGUUGCUGCGUCGCAGUCAGGUCAAUGUCCGCUACAACUCCAUGCCACUCCCAGGGGCUGAUGGGACGGUGCUGAUGGAGACGCACAAGACAGUCGGGCAGCGGAUGCUAAGCCCCGGCCACUUCCUGCAGACCCUGUUGCACAUCGUUCAGGUGGUCGUCAGCUACUUCCUGAUGCUCGUCUUCAUGACCUACAACGCUUACCUCUGCAUUGCUGUGGCAGCCGGCGCUGGCAUGGGCUACUUCCUGUUCAGCUGGCGAAAGGCGGUGGUUGUCGACAUCACAGAGCACUGCCAUUAGGGAGUGCAGCAGUUAGCAUCUGAUCGGGAGGUUUGAUUUAUUGCUGAUCACAAUCAAUAAAACGCUAACAAAAAUUGAGUUAGCACAGACACUAAAUUACAAAUGUUACUCGAUAACCAUGGUAACACCCUGUUGUAGGUUAACAUGCACACUAACGUUUGUAGUUAGCCAAGUAAAUCCUCGUUUUAGCAGAAAACGACAAACACUUGUUUUUCGUUUCUGUUUUUGUCAUAAUUAUGAAAAUUGUUUUUUUUUUCUUUUUUUUCUGUGAACUCCUGCUGCCGACCAAUCACAGCUCAGAUCACCUCAGAAGGUUCUGAUUGGCCAAAUCACUUUCUUUUAUUUCCUUUUUAAUGCCAUGACAACUGGAAGGUUAGCGCUAGCUGCUAUUAGCCAAAGUGUUAGCAUACGUAGCUUCCGUGUACACUGUAUGGAGACAGAUUCAUGUCAGUAUUAUUUCUGUCAGCAGAUUGAUGUGCCGUGUGUCAAUGUGUAAUCUGUAAAUGUAAAACAACUUUAGCAAAUGCCAAAAAAAGAUUUCUAAACCCCCCCCAAAUAUUUUCACAUCUGCAAAUACACAAAUAAAUUUCCCCCAAAAAACUCAGUGUGCAGAAAUUGAUUCACAAAUAAAAACUGGAUUCACAGAAGUCUGUGUUAACGUCGUUAAAAAUAUUCACUAAUGAUUUUCAUUCAUUUGUGAAUUGAUUAAAUGUAUUCACAGUUUUGUUUUUUUGAGAUUCUGUUUUUUAUUUGUGAAAUAGUUUGGUAAGUUUUACAAAUCUUGUUUUUGCUUCACAUAAACGCAUGGAUCUUUGAUCACACAAACAAUAUUGACACAAAUGUGUCUCCCUAUCAUUUACUCUGUAGUUGGCAGCUCGUUAGACGAGCCACGUCUCUUUAAACAGUGUUUAAACGUUUAUUUAGAGUAGAAUUUAUUAGCAACUAGAUGCUUUACAGAAGUUUUAAUUUAGAUUUUUUUAUUUAAAUCACAUUAUUAUGAAACUAACUCUGUUUGAUUUUUGUUGCAGUUAAAAUGAAAAAAAAAAUCUCCAGUAAACCUCGAGCGGCUCGUUGAGUUGAUCAGUUUAUAUUUACAGAAUCACAUUUUUAAAAAGUUAGGUACAGAAAAUGAUUUUCAAAAAUUUCACAAUAAAUUUGUUGUUGAGAUUUUUGAUUUUGAAUACAAAAUAAAUUCUCUCACAGUUUUCUUUUUAACUUGUUGAAUCCAGUUUAAAGUUCAUGAAUGAAAUGAUCCUUUUUUUUAAAGAGCCAUUUUUCCAGGUUUUCUGUGGGCCUUAAACGCACCACCUGUUGCCUUACUGUGGCUGACAAACGUCCUGAUAUCCUACUGACUGGAGGCCAGUGUCGACACUCUGCUGGUUUCACUUUAAAACAACUUGAAAACGGUUGUGUCUUCACCUAAGGAGAAACGUGUUGUUGUCGGAGGACAGUGUCCACCGGAGACAAAUGAUGAUUCGUUGGGAAAGACCAAAAAUAGAGGUCAAACUUGUGACCGCUCCCUAACUGUGAUGAUCGUUUGUUUCUGGCUGACAUGGACCUCCGUACGUGUCAUUGUCAUUUAUUGUGAUUUUUGUUUUAAUUCACACUGAGAGGUGGGCGCAGUUUACUUUCUGGACCAGUCAGGUUGCGGGGACAGAUUGCAGUUACUGGAUUUUAUUCUGAACGUACUUGUGUCUGUAUGUUUGGCCGUCCUGUCAGACUUUACUCGGGGCUGCGGCUCCUCUCGGUGUGAAUCGUGAUGUGUGAAGGAAACUGUUUGUCUGAAGAUGUAAAAUGCUGGAAUCACUGAAAAUAAAGUUUAUGAAGAAA